CACACUUUACCAUCUUCGAUCAUUCUCUUGACUUUUCUCAUUUCUCAUUUCUCAUCAUUCUCUUACCUCAAUUCUAAGACCACAUCGAUUCAUUCUACUUAAAAUGGGAUUACGACAUCCACCAAGUCCAGUGCUUAUCAAUCGAUCAACCAUAACCAACACAAACCAUGAUGAAAACAAUCGAUCGACUAAUUCGAAUUCGAAUCCGAAUCCGAAUCGAAGAUUCCAUUCAUCUUCAAUGGUCACUAAUUAUACAAAAUCAAAUCUAAUCGAAAUGAAUUCACAAUCAGAUGAAAGUUGUUUAGUAGUCAUCUCAUCAAAAGUUUAUGAUUUAACACUAUGGAUCGAAGAUCAAUCAUUAUCUCCUUCUUCUUCUUCAUCAUCAUGCUUAGAUUCAAAUUCGAUUCAUCAAUUAAGACAUCUUUCUAAAAUCGAUCCUUUACAUGCUGGGAAUUGGUUGAUUCAAAGAUUAGGUUCUCAUCAGAUUCAUUUGAUUGAUGAAUGUAGAAUUGGUGAUUUCGAUUCAUUCGAACAUCAAGCCUUACCGAUCCUUCGAUUCCCUGAUAGUCUUGAUCCUGGUGGAGGAGGAGGAGGAGGGGCUGGAUUUCAUUCUAAUUGGAGUCAGAAUUUUAAUAGAAAUUCAAACCAAACGGAAUCAAAUCACAAUUCUAUAACCGAUCACCCAUCGACUCCAUCAACAUCUACCCAAGCCAUCAAUACAGUCGAACCCAACUGUACCAAUCCCAACCAAAGCUCUCUUCCAAUUAGCUCUUCCACUCCAACACCUAGAAGAUCGCACCUUUCAAGAGCUUUAGCAUUAGUAGAGUAUCAUAAAUCUUUGGUCAUCGAAGCUGAAGCGAAUGUAGGAUCGGCUCAUAUUAGCUUAUCUGAAGCUUUUGAAGGAUUAGCUGAAGCUGAGAAGAAACGUGAUCAUUUGGUGAUGUUGGCUUGUGAAGGCUUUCGUCCUACUUUACCUGAAUGGGAAUCUUUAGAAGAUGAAGAUGGAUUUGGAACGGUUUGAAUCAAUGAAUGAAUGAUUAAUUUUACAUUUGAUUCUCUCAUGAGGUUGUGUUGAGGAUUGAUAAUUAUUUACUUGGAGGGGUUUUUUCUUGGUCUCUUGGUUUCUUGAUUUCUCAUCAUUAUCAUUAUCAUCAUCAAUCAUAUCUUUUUUGAAAGGAAGGAGGUUUAUGAAGAAGAAAAAAAAAUAUAACAUCUCAUUGUUAUCAAAUCUUGACUUUUCUCUAUUUUUUUCAUCAUGAUAUUUAUAUAAAUAAACUUACCUCUCAAUACAGGUUUCUCAAUCAUAAUAAAGUUGUUGAUCAUCAUUAUUUUUAAACAGGACAAAAAAUUACAC